GCGACUAGGCGAUUCAGCGUUGCGGCUGCUGCCGGCGGCCUGGGCCGCGGUCCUGGCAGGAGCGGGUGAGCCUCGCGCGCCGUGCAGUGCGCUGGCUGUCCGGGAGAUGGCUUCUCCCCGCUCGCUCGCCGCUCGCGCUAUUGUCUCACCCGGGGCUGCCUGACUGCGAGCUCGUGCACGCUCCCAGCAGACAGCACCGGGCCCCAGACCAGCCCCUAAGUCCGUCGCUUGCUGGAGUGUGCCCCGCUGCGGGGAUCCCAGUGCCCCCAGCGCGGUGCGGGCGAGGGGAGCAGGCGACACUGAACAUCACGCGGGGGCUGGAACCGCCUGGAUCCUCCGAGCGAGCCAGGUCGGCAGAGCCCUAGACACCCAGCCACUACAGUCAGGGUGUCGCGGCGGAACCCUCGGCCAGCGCAGGUCCCAAGACAGCAUGUACCUGCCCCCCAGACCCGACACUGGCAGGAAGUAGGAGGCUCUGUCGUCUCCUGUGCUCCCGCCCUCAUCAUGUCUUCGACUCAGGGCAAUGGGGAGCACUGGAAAUCCCUGGAGUCGGUGGGCAUCAGCCGCAAAGAGCUGGCUAUGGCCGAAGCUCUGCAGAUGGAGUAUGACGCGCUCUCCCGGCUCCGACAUCACAAGGAGGAGAGCAGGGCCAAGCAGAACACAGAACCCUCUCUUAUCAGCUGGGAUGAGCCAGCUUUGGACUUCUACAGCAAGCCAGCAGGCAGGCGGACCGACCUCAAGCUCUUGCGUGGUCUUUCUGGCUCUGAUCCCACCCUAAAUUACAACUCCAUCUCCCCAUCCGAAGAGCUCCCCAACUCUACCUCCCAGGAUCCACAGCCUGGCGCAGACCCCUGGCCCAAGGGCUCCCUAUCUGGAGACUAUCUGUAUAUUUUUGAUAGUUCAGAUGGGAGAUGCUCUUUGUCUCCAGGAUCAGGUGACACAGAUGGCUCUUGCAAGAAACUGUCCCCUCCUCCUCUGCCUCCUCGAGUCUCUAUCUGGGAUGCCCCUCCCUUGCCUCCUAGAAAGGGAUCUCCCUCACCCUCAAAGAUCUCUCAGCCUAAUGACAUCAACAGUUUCUCUUCCACGGAACAGCCGUCUGACAAACUGCUGGUGGCCCAGGACCCAGACGAGGGAGAGCUGCCUGAUGGCAGGGGACAGCGACACAUGCUCGGGUCUGUGGACUACGAUGGCAUCAAUGAUGCAAUCACCAGGCUCAACUUGAAGUCUACUUAUGAUUCGGAGAUAUCGUCUGACGCUACCAGGGGCUGGAAGGAGGGCCGAGGGCCCCUGGACUUCAACAAGGACACCUCCGGGAAACCCGUGGCCCGGAGCAAGACGAUGCCCCCUCAGGUGCCCCCUCGGACCUAUACUUCUCGAUAUGCCAACCGAAAAAAUGCAACUCCCGGCAAGAAUCGCCGGAUUUCUGCUGCUCCGGUGGGUUCUCGGCCCCACACUGUCGCCAAUGGCCACGAAUUGUUUGAGGUCUCAGAGGAGAGAGAUGAGGAAGUUGCCGCGUUCUGCCACAUGCUGGAUAUCCUUCGAACGGGCUCUGAUGUCCAGGACUAUUCCCUAACUGGGUGUGUUUGGAGCACUGUCACCCCGAGCCCAGAGCACCUUGGGGAUGAGGUCAACCUGAAAGUGACAGUGUUGUGUGACAGUCUCCGGGAGCCGCUCACCUUUACCUGCAACUGUUCCUCCACUGUGGAUUUGCUCAUCUACCAGACCCUCUGCUACACCCACGAUGAGCUGAGGGAGGUGGACGUGGGUGACUUCGUGCUGAAGCCCUGUGGGCUGGAGGAGUUCUUGCAAAAUAAGCACGCCCUGGGAAGCCAUGAGUAUAUCCAGUAUUGCCGCAAGUUUGACAUCAGCAUCCGGCUACAGCUGAUGGAGCAGAAGGCUAUCCGGAGUGACCUGGCCCGGACGGUGAAUGAUGACCAGAGUCCUUCCACCUUGAACUACCUCAUCCAUCUCCAAGAGAGGCCAGUCAAACAGACCAUCAGCAGGCAGGCCUUGAGUCUUCUGUUUGACACUUACCACAAUGAGGUGGACGCCUUCCUGCUGGCUGACGGGGAUUUCCCACUGAAGGCUGACAGGGUGGUCCAGUCCGUCAAGGCCAUCUGCAAUGCUCUAGCUGCUGUGGAGACUCCUGAGAUCACGAGCGCUCUCAACCAGCUGCCUCCCUGCCCCUCACGCAUGCAGCCGAAAAUCCAGAAGGACCCCAGCGUCUUGACUGUGAGGGAAAACCGAGAGAAGGUGGUAGAAGCCUUGACAGCGGCCAUCUUGGACCUGGUGGAGCUGUAUUGCAACACGUUCAAUGCAGACUUCCAGACCGCGGUGCCUGGGAGCCGAAAGCACGACUUGGUUCAAGAGGCCUGCCACUUCUCUGGGGCCCUGGCCUUCACUGUCUAUGGCACUCACCGUAUUCCCAUCAUCUGGGCUACCAGCUAUGAAGAUUUCUACCUCUCCUGCUCCCUCAGCCAUGGAGGCAAGGAACUUUGCAGCCCGCUGCAGACCCGCCGGGCUCACUUCUCCAAGUACCUGUUCCACCUCAUCGUCUGGGACCAGCAGAUCUGCUUUCCGGUGCAGGUGAACAGGCUGCCUCGGGAGACUCUGCUGUGUGCCACGCUCUACGCCCUGCCCGUUCCCCCUCCUGGGGGUUCCUCUGACGCUAAUAAGCAGAAGCGGGUGCCUGAAGCUCUGGGUUGGGUCACUACCCCUCUCUUCAACUUCAGGCAAGUCUUGACCUGUGGCCGGAAGCUUCUGGGCUUGUGGCCAGCAACACAGGAAAACUCCAGUGCCCGUUGGAGUGCACCUAAUUUCCACCAGCCAGACAGUGUCAUCCUGCAGAUUGACUUCCCCACCUCGGCCUUUGACAUCAAGUUCACCAGCCCCCCUGGAGACAAGUUCAGCCCCCGCUAUGAGUUUGGCAGUCUCCGGGAGGAGGACCAGCGCAAACUUAAAGACAUUACACAGAAGGAGUCCCUCUACUGGCUCUCUGAUGCCGACAAGAAGCAGCUGUGGGAGAAGCGCUAUUACUGCCACACUGAGGUGAGCUCGCUCCCCUUGGUGCUCGCCAGUGCACCCAGCUGGGAGUGGGCCUGCCUGCCGGACAUCUAUGCUCUCCUGCAACAGUGGACUCACAUGAACCACCAGGAUGCCCUGGGACUUCUGCAUGCCACUUUCCCAGACCAGGAGGUGCGACGGAUGGCUGUGCAGUGGAUCGGCUCCCUCUCAGACGCGGAGCUGUUGGACUACCUGCCCCAGUUAGUACAGGCCCUGAAGUAUGAGUGCUACCUGGAUAGCCCCUUGGUGCGCUUUCUCCUGAAGCGAGCCAUCUCUGACCUGCGAGUGACCCACUACUUCUUCUGGUUACUGAAGGAUAGCCUCAAGGACUCUCAGUUCAGCAUCCGCUACCAAUACCUGCUAGCAGCCCUGCUGUGCUGCUGUGGCAAGGCACUGAGGGAGGAAUUUAACCGCCAGUGCUGGCUUGUCAACACCCUGGCCAAACUGGCCCAGCAGGUCCGAGAGGCCGCGCCAUCUGCACGCCAGGGCAUCCUUCGCGUGGGCUUGGAGGAGGUGAAGCAGUUCUUUGCCCUCAAUGGUUCCUGCCGUCUGCCGCUUAGUCCCAGUCUGCUGGUGAAGGGCAUCGUGCCCAGGGACUGCUCCUACUUCAACUCCAACGCAGUCCCCCUCAAGCUCGCCUUCCAAAAUGUGGAUCCACUGGGCGAGAACAUCAGAGUCAUCUUCAAGUGUGGGGAUGACCUUCGCCAGGACAUGCUCACCCUGCAGAUGAUUCGCAUCAUGAGCAAGAUCUGGGUGCAGGAGGGGCUGGAUAUGCGCAUGGUCAUUUUCCGAUGCUUCUCCACUGGACGAGGAAAAGGGAUGGUAGAGAUGAUACCCAAUGCCGAGACACUGCGCAAGAUCCAGGUGGAGCAUGGGGUGACCGGCUCCUUCAAGGACCGCCCCCUGGCCGACUGGCUGCAGAAGCACAACCCCGGGGAGGAUGAAUAUGAAAAGGCUGUGGAGAACUUCAUCUACUCUUGCGCUGGCUGCUGUGUAGCUACGUACAUCUUGGGCAUCUGUGACAGACACAAUGACAACAUCAUGCUGAAGACCACGGGCCACAUGUUCCAUAUAGAUUUCGGCCGCUUCCUGGGCCAUGCACAGAUGUUCGGUAAUAUCAAGAGGGACCGUGCCCCGUUUGUCUUCACCUCAGACAUGGCGUAUGUCAUCAAUGGGGGUGACAAACCUUCCAGCCGCUUCCAUGAUUUUGUGGACCUUUGCUGCCAAGCCUACAACCUCAUUCGCAAGCACACCCAUCUCUUUCUCAACCUUCUGGGCCUGAUGUUGUCCUGUGGAAUCCCCGAGCUCUCAGACCUGGAGGACCUCAAGUAUGUGUACGAUGCCCUGAGACCUCAGGACACAGAGGCCAAUGCCACCACCUACUUCACAAGGUUGAUUGAGUCCAGCCUGGGCAGCGUAGCCACGAAACUCAACUUUUUCAUCCAUAACCUGGCUCAGAUGAAGUUCACAGGCUCAGAUGACCGGCUCACCCUCUCCUUCGCUCCCCGGACACAUACUCUCAAGAGCUCCGGCCGCAUCCGUGAUGUCUUUCUCUGCCGCCAUGAGAAGAUCUUCCACCCCAGCAAGGGCUAUAUCUAUGUGGUGAAGGUGAUGCGGGAGAAUGCGCACGAGGCAACCUACAUCCAGAGAACGUUCGAGGAGUUCCAGGAACUGCACAAUAAGCUGCGCCUGCUCUUCCCCUCUUCCUUCCUGCCCAGCUUCCCUAGUCGGUUUGUGAUUGGCCGCUCCCGGGGAGAGGCAGUGGCUGAGAGGCGGAAGGAGGAGCUAAAUGGCUACAUCUGGCACUUGAUUCACGCAGCCCCUGAGGUGGCUGAGUGUGAUCUGGUGUAUACUUUCUUCCACCCCCUGCCCCGGGAUGAGAAGGCUUCCGGCCCCAGCCCAGCUCCGAAGUCCUCAGAUGGGACAUGGGCCCGGCCGGUCGGGAAGGUCGGUGGAGAGGUGAAGCUGUCCAUCUCCUACAAAAACAACAAACUCUUCAUCAUGGUGAUGCAUAUCCGCGGCUUGCCACCACUCCAGGAUGGCAAUGACCCUGACCCCUAUGUAAAGAUUUACCUCCUUCCCGACCCUCAGAAAACCACAAAGAGGAAAACCAAAGUGGCCCGGAAAACCUGCAACCCUACCUACAAUGAGAUGCUGGUAUAUGAUGGGAUCCCCAAGGGAGACCUGCAGCAGCGGGAGCUCCAGCUGAGCGUGCUGAGUGAGCAAGGAUUCUGGGAGAACCUGCUGCUUGGGGAGGUGCACAUCCGCCUUCGGGAGCUGGACCUGGCCCAGGAGAAGACCGGCUGGUUUGGACUGGGAUCUCGAGGUCACGGAGCUGUAUGAACCCACUCAUGGUCCAGGCCUGCGCUGCUGCCCAGACCUGGGGGAGACGCCUCCCCCACACCUAACUCCUUUGCUAGGAAGGGGCAGAGCCCUCGGUGGCCUUCCCCACGGUCCAGGUGGACCUGACCUCCGUGAGGGGGCUGGAAGAGUCCAGCGCUAUCCGCUGGCCCUUCCUCCACAGACUGCGCCAGGGUCGGUUGUGCUGAGCAGCCCCUUGAGGGGUUGCAGCAGAGUUUUAUGUUUACCUUGUGUCAAGGGAGCAAUGCCUGCUUUGGGGUGUGUGGAGUGCGAGUGCAGGCUAUGUGAAGUAGCACUUAGAAGGGGAGGGUGGGUGGAUAUUUUAUUUUUAUUUUUAAAAAAUGAAAUAGUAAUGUUGUCCUAACUUGGACAGGAAGCUUUGUGUGAGAGGGGCAUGCCGUGCCUCGGAAGGCAAAAGAGAAAGACUAUUUGAUUUUUUUUUUUUUUUUUGUAUGAUGAAAGUUCUUAUUGGACUUUUUCUCCAGGAUUUUUGGGGGUUUGUUUUCUAGCUAUAGGAAGUAUCGGGGAGGGCCCCAGUGGGUCCUCGGUAAAGCUCUCCCUCUCUCCGACAGACUGGAGAGGGGUGGGGAGGAUUGACCGACAGCCGGACCGACGCUCACUCUGGCCAUCCGAUUUUGCCUCCAAAGGAGGGCAUCGUGAUAACUACGUGUGUAAGGAAGGGCCUUCCAUAGUAGGGUUCCGCCGAGGACCUAGAUUCAGGGACCCAUGCAAAGUUUUUCCUCUCCUCUUCCCUGCUGCUUGGACUCAGCUGGAGCACCUUUCUUUCCCCUUCCCCUCUGUCUCUCAGCCCUCUAUGGGCCACCCAGUCCUGUGAAUGCACUGGGGUACUUCUGUGCUCCAUCUUGUUUGAUGGGACAAAAUGCUGCCAACCCUUAGCUCAGCUCUGGCCACGCCUGUAGGAACAGGCACAUCGUGCCACUUGCGGCUUCUGGGAAAUGUCCCCUGAGACGUCUACCGCUUUCUUUUCAAACCCUGUUUCUGUCAUACUUUAAAAAGAACUUCAUUCUGUAGGGCCACAAAGCUCUUUAGGGCAUAGACCAAGAGAUGCCCAGCCCAUAGCAGAGGAGGCUGGGAAGAAUGAACAUUGGUCAAUGUAAUUGUUUCUUCUGGUUAUUUUCCUGGCUGGAUUGGAACAGCAUCCUCUUUGGAAAACAAACACAAGGUUAUUUCAACCCCUUCCUUCCAUCCAUCCUUCCUUCCUUUCUUCCUUCCCUCCUUCCUUUUUUCAAGACAGGGUUUCUUUGUGUAGCCCUCGCUGCCUUGGGACACACAGAGUUCCACCUGCCGCAGCCUCCCAAGUGCUGGCAUUAAAGGCAUUGCCGCCACCUCCUCCUGGCUCACUCGGCUUCUGUAUGUGGUGCUAGGGAUCAAACCCAGGGCCCUUUGAGUGCUAGGCAAGCGCCGCACCACCAAGCUGUGGCUCUGGCCCACCUUGCAUUCUUCCUUUUUCACCAGAGAAUUCAGAAUCCACUCUUGGGUUUCCAAAGAGUUUCCUCAUUUUAAAGGUGACAGCAAGAGACUCAAUUUAACUUUUUAUGUUUUUUAAGACAGGGUCUCAUUGUGUAGAGUAGGCUGGCCUUGAACUCAUAGAGAUCUGCCUGCCUCUGCCUCUGCCUCUGCAAAGGAACUAACUUUUAAAGGAAGAGUUAGCAAGGACAUGGCAAACAGUUUCUCUGUGACCCCAUUACUGGAGAGAGAAAAGCCUCACUGAAGCCCCACAGAAACAACAAAGAAAGGUUUUUGUUUUGUUAUUGUUUAUUUUGCUUCUGUUUUUGUUUUGUUUUUAAUGAGAGAGGAUAUCACAUAGCCCAGGUUGGCCCCAAACUCCUAUGUAGAUGAAGAUAAUAAUCUUAAGCCCCUGAUCUACUUGCCUUUCCAACUCGCAGGUGCUAAGAUUACAGGCGUGAGCUGCUCAACCAUUUUUUUUUUCUUAACUUAAAAUGUCAGACCAGUGAGGUGGCUCAGGACUUGCCCUGUCAACUUAAGUUUGAUCACUGAGACCUUCAAGAUGGCAGGAGACAACCAAUUCCUACAAGUUGGUUUUUGUCCUCCAUAUGCACUACACAACAUAUGUACACAACAUGCGUGUGCAUGUGCGCAGGCAAAUACACACACACACACACACACA